AUACUGUCACACACACCGAUGAACAAAAGCCAAUAGAAAAGGAAUUGUAGUGUACGCAAAGGAUACAAUAUUUUCUGCUAAAACUUAUUGUUCAAGUUCAUCGUGCAAAAUGCCUCUGCCCGGAUGUUUUUCGAAUGCAGUCGAGCCGAUGCAGGUGGAUGUACAGCCGGAAGACAACGAAAACAACGAGGAGGACAUGUACAUAGUGGAAAACCCGUCGAUCGAUCUGGAACAACUUGCCAACCAGUACACCGGGCUGGCAAAGCUGCACCGGCUAAUCUACGUUGCGGACCACUGCCCGACGCUGCGCCUCGAAGCGCUCCGGAUGGCCAUAAACUAUGUGACGACCACCUACAACGUAACGCUGUACCAGCAUCUGCACAAGAAGCUGGCGGACAAUGUCAGCACGCUGUUUCUGCCCGACGUUGCCUCCCAGUCGACCGGCUCACAAGAGAUACCCUCUUUCGAUGCGACCUGGGUUGAGUCGAAGAGCAAAAAGUCUGCCCUGAAGCUGGAGAAGCUGGACUGCGAUCUGAAGAACUACAAGGCCAACUCGAUCAAGGAAAGCAUCCGGAGGGGACACGACGAUCUGGGUGAUCACUAUCUGAACUGCGGCGAUCUGUCGAACGCGCUCAAGUGUUACUCGCGGGCCCGCGACUACUGUACCAGCGGUAAGCACGUGGUGAACAUGUGCCUGAACGUGAUCAAAGUGUCGAUCUACCUGCAGAACUGGUCACACGUGCUCAGCUACGUCUCGAAGGCGGAGGGUACGGCCGAGAUCGCGGAAACGUCCAAGGACAAGGAUCCGAACCAGGUUGUGAUUACACGGCUCAAGUGUGCCGCCGGGUUGGCCGAGCUGGCGACCCGUAAGUACAAGUCGGCGGCCAAACACUUCCUGCAGGCAAACUUUGACCACUGCGAGUUUCCCGAGAUGAUCUCGACGAACAAUGUGGCAAUGUACGGGGGUCUGUGCGCACUGGCCACGUUCGACCGGCAGGAGCUGAAGCAGGUGAUUGCGAGCAGCUCGUUCAAGCUGUUCCUCGAGCUGGAACCGCAGUUGCGCGAUAUCAUCUUCAAGUUCUACGAGUCCAAGUACGAUUCGUGCCUGAAGCUGCUGGACGAAAUCAAGGACAAUCUGCUGCUCGACAUGUACAUCGCGCCGCACGUCAACGCGCUCUACACGCAGAUCCGCAACCGCGCACUGGUGCAGUACUUUAGCCCGUACAUGUCCGCCGACAUGCGCAAGAUGGCUACCGCGUUCAACCGAUCGGUUGCGGCGCUAGAAAACGAGCUGAUGCAGUUGAUACUGGAGGGCCAGAUACAGGCACGCAUCGAUUCGCACAACAAAAUUCUGUACGCGAAGGAUGCCGACCACCGAAGCGCCACGUUCGAGAAGGCCAUCAACGUGGGAAAGGAGUUUCAGCGGCGUACGCGAAUGUUCAUCCUACGGGCGGCAAUCCUGCGACGUCAUAUUCACGUUAAGAAUCAGCCGAGAGAAAGCAGCAAUCAUGGUACGGAAAUCUGUGUCCCAGCGAGCGGAUCAUCGAGCGGUACCCUGGCGCGCAAUUGAUUGAAUCUGGCCGAGGAAGAUUUUUUCAUUCGCUUCAAGAGAAAAUCUAAAUAAUAAACAGCACGCCACGCGCCGGUCAGACGAUUAUAGUGCGCUGCCCGGCAGAGGAAGUUUACUGAGCUACGCUAUUUGCAAACCGUGACCGCUUCUAAGCAACUGCGUCAGUCAGAAACCUUCAAACGUAACAAGUGCGAAUGAAAUGAUAACAAAUGAAUUACUUUUGGGCUAGAGGUGAGGUAAUGAAGGAGCAAUGCGAUAUCGAUGUGUUUUGCUGUCGUCAAUUUUUUUUGUCGCAUUAAUAACUCAACUCAAUGGAAUAAGAUGAAUUUAGCGCGCGCUUUACCGAUGCAGUCCUAGUAGCCCGUGUUCGUGCUAACUACCUUAAGCUAUCCACCGUCGACGGGAUAUCGAAGAGCAAGGAGGAGAUAGAGACAGAGAGAGAGAGAGAGAGAGAGAGAGAGAGAGAGAGAGA